GGCGGCGGCCAGCUCGUGGACGGCGGUGUAUCUGUGGUGGUGGGCGCGCCCGGCCAAGGCACAGUGCUCGUUCUCGCCGAUCACGUUGUCGAUGAAUUGGGACAAGUUAUCACAAUACCCAGGAGACGCAAGGAGGUGAUGGAGGUGAGCACCGAGUCUUGGCGCACGUACUACGCGUCCGGGGAGCAGGCGCUGAGCGCGGCUUCGCUGGGCGUCGCGGAGGACGCACACGUGCACGCGCACGGGCAGCCCCAGGCGCUCGUUGCCGACUACUACAAGCUGCCGCCGCUCGCGCAGGACGCGCACCUCAAUCUACACAAAGAUGUUAAAAUUGAUGUCUGGCCGGCCGGCAGCGCGCUGAAGGCGGCCAAUGGCGGCAUCGGCGCAGACGCGGUGACACCGCGCGACCACACCGCUGUGCAGCAGUCAUUCGAGUACACGGUGAUCUGCCAGCAGCCGGGCGUGGGUGAGGACGGCCGCGGCACCCCCUCCGCACACCAUUCCCCCGCGCAGGCCCCCCGCACGCGCCCCUGGCACGACUUCGGCCGACAAAAUGAUGCAGACAAGAUACAAAUCGCCAAACUGUUUUCUCCGUACGGAUUCAAAUACCACCUCGAGACGGCCAGCAGUAGUUCCCAGCGACGCGAAGACGAUCGCAUUACCUACAUCAACAAAGGCCAGUUCUACGGCAUCACGCUUGAGUACGUCCACGACCCAGACAAGCCCCUUAAAAACCAAACAGUUAAGAGCGUGGUAAUGCUGAUGUUCAGAGAAGAGAAGUCCCCCGAAGACGAGAUCAAAGCGUGGCAGUUUUGGCACGGCAGGCAGCAUUCAGUGAAACAACGAAUACUUGACGCCGACACUAAGAACAGCAUCGGCCUCGCCGGCUGCAUCGAGGAGGUGGCGCACAACGCCAUCGCCGUCUACUGGAACCCACUCGAAAGUGCCGCCAAGAUCAACAUUGCAGUGCAGUGUCUUAGUACGGACUUCAGCAGUCAAAAGGGCGUCAAGGGCCUUCCACUUCACAUUCAAAUCGACACCUUUGAAGAUCCGAGAGACACACAAGUUUACCACAGAGGAUACUGUCAGAUAAAAGUGUUUUGUGAUAAGGGCGCUGAAAGAAAAACAAGAGACGAGGAGAGAAGAGCGGCAAAAAGAAAAUUGUCAGCCACAAAUAGGAAAAAGCUCGAUGAAAUAUAUCACCCUGUGACAGAACGUAGCGAGUUCUAUUCUAUGGCGGACCUCUCGAAACCUCCAGUGCUGUUCAGUCCGGCAGAAGAUAUUGAUAAGUUAGCCGGAAUGGAUAUUCAAGGUUUCUACGGCCACGACGAAGCGGCUCUAGCAGAGGCUCACCUUAAGGGAGCGUCGCCUUUCCUCCUUCACGCAGCAAAGCCGCAAGUUCCAGCCUUGAAAUUCCACAAUCACUUCCCACCCGAUGCUCCUGCGUAUCGAUCAGAUGUGGGUGGACUGUCUCCUUACAGCGAUCGCAAGGACUCGCUGGAAUUAGAGGGCGUUCUGGGCAAGCGCGCGCGCACCGGCACGCCCCCGCUCAGUGAGCGCGUCAUGCUGUACGUGCGCCAGGACACCGACGACGUGUACACGCCGCUUCACGUCGCGCCGCCCACCACGCAGGGCCUGCUUCACGCCAUUGAGAAUAAGUACAAAAUUUCAAGUUCGGCAAUAAAUAAUCUUUAUCGAAAGAACAAGAAAGGGAUUACGGCCAAAAUUGACGACGAGAUGCUUGCAUACUACUGCAAUGAGGACCUGUUCCUGCUGGAAGUCCGGCCGGCGGGCGCCAGCGAGGACGAGCCCCUGUACGACAUCACGUUCGUGGAGCUGCCACUCGACCACUAAUGCCGCGUCCGCGCGCGCCCGCCGCCCGCCGCUCGCCGCCCGCCGCCGCCGCCCGCCCGCACUCGCGCCGCACGCGCUGCGCUCGUCAUACACUCCUGGACGGAUCCUCACGUCGCCUGCUCAAUGCGCUCUCUACUAAUGUUACAUGUAUACGUGAAAUGUUUAAUUAUUAUGUUCAUCUGUGGCGGAUUAUGCGAAGGGUCGUCUUAACAUUCCCAUUUACACUCAUAAUUUAUAUGAUAAGGUCUCAAAAAUUGUCGAUCUCAGAUUGAAAUUUACUAUUAAGUGUUUCAUUCACCAUACUUUGUCUUAAAUACAAACCGAAUGUCACAAAUUGUAGUCGAUCGUCGUUAGAACGACGGGCGCUAGAGGGACCGACUUGUAAAUACAUAUUUUAGUGCCUUAUGAAAUUACAAAACUUCGUGCGACGAUUCGGCAAUGCCAAGUAACAUUUUGAUAAGUCGGAACUGAAGCGAAGUGUGACAGUUUUGUUGAUGUUGUUUAAUCCUUAUGUAUGUUACAUGUAAAUGAGAAAUGAUCUGCUGCGUAGAGGAAUUGUAACGUGCGUGCCAUUCACUCGGUUAUCAUUCUAGAUUGUAGUUAUUGUUUCAACAGGUACCUUUUAAUCUUGCCAUGGUGAUAAAGUAAGAAAUUCUUGUCACAAACAUUUUAUAACAUGUAGAUAGUUCAUCUACAGUCGAUAAGGAAUAUAAUGUGCCUUUGACGUAAAAAUAAUGUUAUUAUCUUUUAUUAUAAGUGAGUUAAGUCAAAUUAAAUGCCAUCCACUUUGUUAAGUUUUAUAAAUAAGUUUGCUUUUAUAAGCUCGCUCAAUACAAUCAUUUAGUAAAGUUGAUAUUAGUUUUAAGGUCAAAAACGUUCAGAAAUUCCGAUUUUAAAAUCAUUACAAUAUUUAAUUCGUUAAUUUGGGUUCAUUUUUUACAAGAUCAACUUGCCAAGAUUUAUGGCAGUCGAUAAACGGAAGCAAUAAAAUUUGAUUUUUAAUUUAUGGACGAGACACAGUCGUCGACGGCCACGCCGCGCCGCACCGCGUCAUCUCCGAUACAUUUAUUCCAAUAGUCAACAUAGUCACAAAUUUUAUCUGCAACAUUAACAUAAUAAUUGUGGGGAGUGGUAUGUGUACGAUUUUAGAAUUUAUUUGAUUUAAUAGUUUUUAUUAUUUUAAUAUUCUUCGUUUUCAUUACGUUAGUAAUCGGGCCAUGAGGACACUUAAGCAUAAAAGAACCUGACUUGCAUUUUCGUCGUGACUUAUUCUUUAGACAUGAAUGUAUAUUGUUUUAAAAGUAAAUUUAUUAGAUGAUGUUCUUAGAUAUCUAUCAAUGUAAACUGAACCUAUUGAUCUGUAAAGGAUAAUAUUUUUCAAAUUAUUGUAUUAUUCUAAGUGUGUAUUUCCACCGAUUUAUUCGAAAUUCAGAACCAGGUUCUGUUUUCACAAAGGGAUUGGUCGCAGACAAAGUCGCCCAUGAUGUUGUUGAAGUGCCUAGUGCGGACGGUUCGAUUAACUGCCAUAUUAUGACAUAAACUAGAUUACUUACCUUAGUUAUAGAACUUUAGUAUAGUUUGUUACAUUAUGAUCAAUUUCUCAUUCGAGUAUAUUAUAAUAAAAUCUAAGAUAAUGCUAUUGAUACUUCUCAUUGUAAUAUGUAUUAUUGUUUUUUUAUAUGUUGAGCUGCAAUUGCGCUGCAGUCGGUUUUUUGCGCGCAAACAAAUUGUUAUCUUCCAAUCAACUUAUAUUUUACACACUCGUUAAUAUAUCUUCACUAUUUUUAAGUAAAUUGAAAUCUCUCUAUAUGAAAUAUAAUUGUUUUACUUUAACGCAUCUCAUUGCUCAAAGUCUGCAUUUACGUUUCUCGUGCGAGGCGGACUCUAACAUUGUUUUAUAUUUUACCUACUUAUACGUAUCGAUGUAAUGAUAUUUAUUUAUAUGUACUUAUUAUAAAUUGUGCAGCUUUAAUGUUUACUUACAAUGGUUUUAGAUCGUGAUUUUGAAUCUCGUCAUAAGUCACAAACGUCAGUAGCAAUAGCGUAGAGCCGCGUAGGAGUAUCGUAGAAGUUGCGUAGCGAGCGCGUCCGCGAGCAGUCGUCGGCAGGCGGCGCUUGGCCGUGUUGUGCAAUGUUUAAACAGAGUUUAGUGUAGAGGAGAGGAGUAUGAGAGGGAGAGGGAGAGAGCGUGGGAGAGGGAGAGGCAGCGCGCUCUGCCGGCGCGGCGCGGACUCGCCCAGCAGAUAGUCACACUAGUUAUGAUAAACAUCAUGAAAAUGUUUUCGCAUUUUCGUUAAUAAAUUUUACUGUACUUAAUUUUUAAUCGAAUAGAUGUUACGUUAUUCUUUUAUAUGAUGAUUAUUUGUAAGUUGUCAUAAAAAUAUUAUUAAUAUAAUUAUUUUUAUCAAAGUUUAUAAUCUAAAUAAAAAUGUUUUUCUUCAAAACA